AUGACGGUCACCGAGCAAGUCGCCAUAAUCGGCGCGGGACUCUGCGGUCUCACGCUCGCCUUGGCUCUGCACCAACAAUCAAUUCCAUGUGUCGUUUACGAAGGGCGGUCCGUACCAGAAGACAUCGGCGGCGCCGUCAUCCUCUCACCCAACGCCCUACGAAUCCUAGACGAGCUACACAUCUACAACCGCAUCAGACCCCUCGGCCACGAAAGCGAGACCGUGCUCUUCCGAACGGAGGACAACCAGUUAGUCGACUCGUACGAGAUCGGCAACCAGGCCAGAUACGGCUACAAGGGCCUACGGAUAUACCGCUACGCACUCAUCAAUGAGCUCCUGGCCGCGUUGGCCAAACGUGGUAUCCCCGUGCACUACGGGAAGAAGUUUGCGCAUAUCCGCUCCGAGUCCGACCACGAUGUGAGCUGGGAGUGGGCGGAUGGGAGUAUAGGCCGCGCAGGCUCGCUGGUGGGCUGCGAUGGGAUUUACUCCCGUGUGCGCGCCUACCUCUACCCAGAGCUGAAACCACAGUUCAUCGGCAUCGUGGCUGUCGCGGCGGCCGUCCCGACCAGCUGUGUGGGCGUCCCGGAGGGGUACGGGCUGCCUGUGACGAUCAUGAGCCAGGCCCAUGGCGGAUAUAUCAUCGCGCCGCAGCUGUCUGACGGGUCGGAACUGAUGCUGGGGCGGCAGCGGCGGUGGCCGGAGCUGAAUCGGGAGGGGUGGGAGGCGCUGGCGGCCAAUGAGGACUGGUGUAUUGAUUUCCUGAGUCAAGGGGCUGAGCACUUCCCGCCGAUAAUCCGCUCGAGUGUGGCGAAUAUCCAGCGGGAUAAGAUCAAUGUCUGGCCCUUCUACGUGGUCCCGCGGCUGGACAGGUGGGUUUCUGAUUCUGGCCGCGUCGCGAUCAUGGGAGAUGCCGCACAUGCGAUUCCACCGUCUUCAGGACAAGGUGCUAAUCAGGUCUUGGAGGAUAGUUAUACCUAUGCGCUGCUUCGGGGUCAGUGCAUGCCGGGCUCAACGGGACACGCCCUGCGUCGGUGGAAGGAGGGACGGCAGGAGCGGAUUGACCGGCUGUUGAAAUUUGCAGACGAGAUGAAUCGACGCCGCAUGACGAGUGUAGCAGACGGUUCGGAGGAUAAGCCUGUUCUGACGAAAAUAACAGAGUAUCUAGACUUGGACUGGGUGUUCAAGCCGGAUUACCGGGGGAUGGUCAACGACUGGGUUCAAGGUACCUUAUCCGCUGGUGAAUAG